AUGUCUUACGAACCGGAAUUUCAACAGGCUUUAGAUGAAGUCACCAAGGCUUUGGAGCAAUCUACUUUAUACGAAAAACAUCCAAAAUAUAAGAAGGUUUUGCCAGUUCUUUCCAUUCCACAAAAGGUUAACCAAUUUAGAGUUACCUGGGAAAAUGACAAGGGCGAACAAGAAGUUACUGUUGGUUAUAGAGUACAAUAUAACAACUGUAUUGGUCCAUUUAAAGGUGGUUUGCGUUUCCACCCAACAGUUAAUCUGUCCAUCUUGAAAUUUUUAGGUUUUGAACAAAUUUUCAAAAAUGCUUUAACUGGUACUCCAAUUGGUGGUGCUAAGGGUGGUUUGUGUGUUAACACCAAAGGUAGAAGUGAAAACGAAAUCCGUAGAAUUUGUAAUGCUUUUAUGCGUGAAUUGUACAAAGUUAUUGGUACCGAAAAAGAGUCUCCAGCUGGUGAUAUUGGUGUUUCUGGUGUUGAAGUUGGUUACAUGCACGGUGAAUACAGACGUUUGACUGAUCGUUAUGAUAGUGGUUUAACCGGUAAAGGUUUGGAUUUCGGUGGUUCUUUGAUUAGACCAGAAGCUACUGGUUAUGGUGUUGUUUAUGUCACUGAUGCCAUGAUCAAGCAUGCCACUAAUGGUCGCGAAUCUUUCAAGGGUAAGAGAGUGGCUAUUUCUGGUUCUGGUAAUGUCGCUCAAUAUGCUGCUUUGAAAGCUAUCGAAUUAGGUGCUACUGUUGUUUCCUUGAGUGAUUCUAAGGGUUGUGUUAUAUCCGAAAAAGGCUUUUCUGAAGAACAAAUUAAAAAUGUCAUUGCUGGUAAAGCCGCCCGUAAGACAUUGGAAUUUAUCACCUCUGAUUUUGGUUUCAAAUAUAUAUCUGGUGCUCGUCCAUGGACUCAUUGUGGUCCAGUUGAUAUUGUUUUGCCAUGUGCUACACAAAACGAAGUUUCUGGUGAAGAAGCUGAACAUUUAAUUAAAGCAGGUGCUAAAUAUGUUGCUGAAGGUUCCAAUAUGGGUUCUACUCCAGAAGCAAUUGCUGCUUUUGAAAAAACUAGAGCUUCCUCUGAAUCUCCAGUUUGGUUUUGUCCACCAAAAUUAGCCAAUAUGGGUGGUGUUAUGGUUUCUCAAUUUGAAUUGGCUCAAAAUGCUCAAAGAAUUUCCUGGACUGCCGAAGAAGUCGACUCUAAAUUGAAGAGUCACAUGAUUGCUGGUUUGGAAUUGUCUAUGAAGACUGCCAGAGAAUAUUCUAAGGAAGGUGAUAAAGUUAAGUUGCCAUCUUUGGUUGUUGGUGCUAACAUUGCUGGUUUCUUGAAGGUUGCCAAUGCUAUGUUUGACCAAGGUGAUGUUUGGUAA